GCACAUGUCCAGUCUCCACUAUCCUUUCCACCUUUCUCAGGAAAGGGUGCCUGCAUGAGGCUCCACCCCCUUGGCUUGGGCCCCAGCCUACUCAUGGAUAAACAUCUGAACCUUGCUGCUUAACCAGGGACCUGGGUGCCUGAAGCCUAAGACUCCUGCUUCUCCGUGGUGACCAGAGAGGGAACUGUUUGAGAGGUGUUGGCCAGAACAUGUCUUACAACGUGGAAUCAGCGAAAAACUUGCUUGUCUUCUUAGGAAAAUCACUGCUGACGCUUUUGGAGGCCCUACUUUUUCAUGUCAUCUCAAAGCCACGGAAAAAUGUUGCUGGUGAGAUAGUGCUCAUAACAGGUGCUGGGAGUGGACUCGGAAGACUCUUAGCAUUGCAGUUUGCCCGACUGGGAUCAGUGCUCGUUCUCUGGGAUGUGAAUAAAGAAACAAACGAGGAGACUUGUCAGAUAGCUCGGGAAGCAGGAGCCACCAGAGUGCAUGCCUACACCUGUGACUGCAGCCAGAGGGAAGAAGUGUACAGAGUGGCUGACCAGGUUAAGAAAGAAGUUGGUGAUGUCUCUAUCCUCAUCAACAAUGCUGGCAUUGUAACAGGCAGAAAGUUCCUCGACUGCCCAGAUGACCUCAUGGAAAAGUCUUUUGAUGUCAAUUUCAAAGCACAUUUAUGGAUGUAUAAAGCCUUCCUGCCUGCCAUGAUUGCUAACAACCACGGCCAUUUGGUUUGCAUUUCAAGUUCAGCUGGAUUAAUUGGAGUAAAUGGGCUGUCAGACUAUUGUGCAAGUAAAUUUGCAGCCCUUGGAUUUGCAGAAUCUAUCUUUAUCGAAACAAUUGCUGAAAAACAAAAGGGGAUCAAAACUACAAUUGUGUGUCCAUUCUUUAUAAAAACUGGAAUGUUUGAAGGUUGCACUACUAAGUGUUCUACUCUGUUACCAAUUCUGGAUCCAGAAUAUGCAGUUAGGAAAAUAGUAGAUGCUAUUCUGCAGGAGCAGCUAUACUUGUAUAUGCCAAAGUUUUUAUACUUCGUGGUGUUCAUAAAAAGCUUCUUGCCCGUCAAGACAGGAAUACUUCUAGCUGAUUACCUGGGAAUCUUUCAUAUGACGAAUGGCUUCAUUGGCCAAAAGAAGAAAUCUUAAUGAUAAGUGCUAUGCCCUGUGCUGUCUGAGACCCAUUGCUACAUCAGACUUACUUCAAAGAAGAAAGGUAUUUCUGUCUGACAGAACACAUGUGGUGGACCAGAAUGUCCUUCCAGUGUCAUUUAAAUGCAAUCUUACUGUUUUCUUUUGUUGUUGCUGCCGUUUGAUGUAUUUUUGUUUGUUUGUUGUUUGAAAAAUAAAAAUAGCUCUUUGU